AUCAUGCCAGAGAAACUCCCUUACACAUUCUCCAACAAUGAACAAAAUCAUCACCUUUACACUUGUCUGUUUUGCUGCAGCUGCAGCUUACGAAAUCGUCCAAGACCAGCAAGGUCAAGAAUAUUUCCUCAUGCCACUCGGCCGCCAAAAAAGACAAACAAAUAUCGGCGUUUCUGGAGGUGGUAAAAGUGGAACAAGGGUCACAGCCAGCCACCAGGGAAAUAUCCUCAAUAAAAAUGGGCACCGACUUGAUGGGGGGGCUUUUGCCUCCAAACAAUUCCACCCAAAUGGGCCUGCGACCAUCGGGGGCCAACUGGGAUACUCCCAUACUCCCUCAGGAUCGAACCUAAACGUCGGUGCUUCACACACCCAGAAACACGGAACAGAUCUGAAUGUUCAAGGAGUUGGGAAUUUAUGGAGGAAUGGUAAUUCGCGUCUGGACGCUGUGGGCAACUAUGGACGGCAUUAUGGGGGCCCUGGGGGCACCGGGAGGCCCAAUUAUUACGGAGGCGUCCAGUUUAGCCACCGCUUCUAAAGACUUAUUUAUUUCUUUUAUUUAAUAAAAAUGUUCACGGUA